AUGGAUCCAAUUCUAGAAAAUGAAUCUGCGACGACCGAAUCACCGACCAAACAUGGCAAGGCGAAACAUAAGAACAAAAAGAAGAAGCAUUCGGAAGCGCAAAAUCAAACCGUAGUUGGUGAGCGAAAGAGAUUUGUUGUUACCACAUUACCCAAUACAGAAGAAAAAGUUCCUUCUAGAGUAGCUGAUAGUAAUGUACAUACGGUCCAUUUUGGCACGCGAGGUGUCGAGUCACAAAGGCCCCAUGUAAGGUCAAUAUUUAAAGAAAGGCCUGCCGAUACGUCCCGGGCAUCUAGUGCGGAGCGCCAGUCAGCACCCGAGAAAGGAUAUGAAACUUUUCAUGGCACGUCGUCUAGUCCACGGAGCUCUAUUUUUGAUAUAUUUCGUUUAAGAAGAAAAAGUGAUGCUAAGAAAUAUCCGCCGAAACAAGCCAAAACGACGGAAAGCCAAGAAGCCCCUGAAAGUCAAGAUGACCAGCAAUAUGCUGACAAUAAAGAUUCCCACAAGAAGUAUUACCACACAGUUACUGGAGCUUCAUCUCGCAAGUACAGUCCCAUUACGAGGGUAAUGGAUAUUUUCCGCAGCAAGCCUCACGCAGAAAGUAGCCAGUCUCCUGCAGAUCCAGUCAAGAAGAAAAGCAACAAACAAGUUCGUCGGUCUUCUAUUGAGACGACUUCACCUACUUAUCAUAAAAAUUCAUACGCUUCUUUAGAUCCAUCGCAAGCAAAGCAAAUGUUUAGGGAAGUACGAGGCCUACCUAAAUAUGAUCCUUAUUUAUCUAUCGUCCAAAUAUCCAUAGGUGGUAGGGAUAAAACUAGGCUCUUACUGAAUUUUUUUAAGUAUCAUAAAUGUUAUGAAAUUUUACCAAAGUCUGCGAAAGUCAUUAUAUUUGAUACACAAUUUUUUGUCAGAAAGACUUUUCCCACACUUAUAUCACAUGGUAUUCGCUCUGCACCGCUUUGGGAUGCUAACAAAAAGCUUCUUGUUGGUAUGAUAACAGUGACAGAUUUUAUAAGGAUUCUUCUUUAUCUCGAUAAAGAAAAUUUAUCAGUUGAAGAUUUAGAACGCCAUACUCUUCAUACAUGGAGAAAAUUGCUACGAUCAACGCGCAAGCCUUUGUGUAGUGUUGGGCCUGACCAGUCACUCCACGACGCCAUUAAUUUACUUCACAAGAACCGUGUCCACCGCUUGUUAAUGAUUGAUCCUUUCAAUGGAGAUGUUCUUUACAUUUUGUCACAUAAGAGAAUAUUAAGGUUUUUGUUUGUGUAUCUUAAUGAAUUUCCAGAAUUAACCUUCUUCCAUAAGACCCUAACCGAGUUAAAAAUUGGAACAUUUGAAGAUAUCGUGUCUGUUACUGACGAAACAAGUAUUAAGACGGCAUUUCAAUUGUUGUUAGAGAAAGAUGUUUCGGCUUUACCGAUAUUAGACGACAACGGUACGCUUAUUGAUGUUUAUGCAAAAUAUGAAGUGUUAAAUCUAGUGAGUGAAAAAUUAUAUUCGAAUUUGUCGUUGACCAUAGGUGAAGUAAGAAAUAAAAAGAAAGACUGGGAAGAGAAGUUACAAAAAUGUCGUUCAAGUAUUACUUUAUAUGAGGCCUUAGAAGUUAUAGUUAGAACUGAGAGUCAUCGAUUAUUGUUAGUAAAUAAAGAAGAUAAACUAGUAGGAAUUGUUUCACUGUCAGACAUAUUAGUAUAUUUAAAUAGAAUAAUUCCCACAGAGAAGAAAGUUUCUUCGCUACAAGAAAUAUUUAGGCCACUCGAAGAGAAUAAAGUAGCAGAGUCACCCAAAGAAACUGAAAAUGAGAUUAUAACAAUCGAAGUUCCAACGCUAGCACAAAAUGUACCUGAAAUUGAGGAAGGAGCUUCUGCAUUGCACGAGUCCAAUGCUACUGCUAAGGAAGAAACAACGAACGAAGCCGAGCCGAAGGAGGGCGAGGUUAGCUCGGAGGCAGAUGCAAAUAUUAAUACUUUACCAAGUAGUAACAAAUCGCACUUAGACCUUGCCAUAGAUCCGACUAUGACUACCAUCGAAGAGUCUAGUGCUAACGAAUAA